AUGAACAACUUUGUGAUUGAUAGUCAAUUCUUGGUGCCAUGUCAGUGGCUUGGCAAUGUGUUUAUGAAAAAGCAGUGUUUGACAGGAUGGAGUGUGAUACUGUGGGAUGUCCCAUGGAUUUACAGUCUCAAUUUCCAAUUUCAGGGAGGAGAGCAUUGCUAUUAUCAGGGAAAAAUUCGAGAAAAUCCUGUAUCAUUUGUUGCCUUGUCAACAUGCCAUGGAUUACAUGGGAUGUUCUAUGAUGGAAAUCAUACUUACCUUAUUGAGCCAGAUGAAAACUACACUUCAGAUAAUGACUUCCAUUUCCACUCUGUCUACAAAUCCAAGUUGUUUGAGUUUCCGUCGGACGACCUGCCAUCUGAGUUCUGGCAGGUGAAUACUACAUCACAGAAUUUUGUUGUAAAGCCAAGACACAAAAGAAGUAAAAGGCAGGUUCGUCAGAUUCCACGUAAAGUUGAAGAGGAAACAAAAUACAUUGAGUUAAUGAUUGUAAAUGAUCAUCUAAUGUGUAAAAAGCAUCGCUUGUCCGUCGGCCACACUAACAGCUAUGCUAAAUCAGUUGUGAACAUGGCAGAUUUAAUAUAUAAAGAACAACUUAACACCAGGAUAGUAUUGGUUGCCAUGGAAACCUGGGCUACUGAUAACAAGUUCACCAUAUCUGAAAACCCCUUGGUGACCCUACGUGAGUUUAUGAAAUAUAGGAGGGAUUUUAUCAGAGAGAAAAGUGACGCAGUUCACCUUUUUUCGGGGAGUCGAUUUCAGAGCAGUCGAAGUGGUGUAGCCCACACUGGUGGAAUCUGCUCCUUGCUUAAAGGCGGAGGUGUGAAUGAGUUUGGAAAGCCAGACUUAAUGGCAGUUACUCUGGCACAGACCUUGGCCCAAAACAUUGGCAUUUUUUCAGACAGAAGAAAACAACUAAGUGGUGAGUGUAAGUGUGAGGACACAUGGUCUGGAUGCAUAAUGGGAGAUAUGGGGUACUAUCUUCCAAGCAAGUUCUCUGAGUGUGAUAUUGAAGAGUAUCAUGAAUUUUUAAACAAUGGAGGUGGAGCCUGCCUUUUCAAUAAACCAACCAAACUUCUGGAUCCUCCAGAAUGUGGCAAUGGCUUUGUGGAAGAUGGAGAAGAAUGUGACUGUGGGACGAUAGCAGAGUGUGCCAGUGAAGGAGGAGAGUGCUGCAAUACUUGCACCCUGACCGCAGGCUCCCAGUGCAGCAACGGGCUCUGCUGUCGGAAGUGUCGGUUUGAACCUAAAGGAGUUUUGUGUCGAGAAGCAGUGAAUGAUUGUGAUAUUGCAGAGAACUGCACAGGAAAUUCCAGUCAGUGUUCUCCUAAUAUUCAUAAAAUGGAUGGAUAUUCAUGUGAUAACAAACAGGGUAUUUGUUUUGGAGGAAGAUGUAAAACCAGGGACCGGCAAUGUAAAUAUAUCUGGGGUGAAAAAGUGACGGCUGCUGACAGGUACUGCUAUGAGAAGCUGAAUAUUGAAGGGACUGAGAAAGGAAACUGCGGAAGAGACAAGGACUCUUGGAUACAGUGCAAUAAACAGGAUGUGCUUUGUGGAUACCUUCUGUGCUCCAACAUAUCCAGUGUACCCAGACUUGGAGAACUUGAUGGUGAGAUCACAACAUCAGUCCUGCACUUUGGAAAAGUCUACAAUUGCAGUGGUGGCCAUGUGAAGCUCGAUGAGGAGACAGACCUGGGCUACGUGGAGAAUGGGACACCAUGUGGGCCAAACAUGGUGUGCCUCGACCAUCGCUGCCUCCCCACCGAGGCCUUCAACUUCAGCACCUGCCCAGGCACUACAGACAGCCAGAUUUGUUCAGGACAUGGUGUAUGUUCUU